AUGCCCCGUAUCCCUGUGGAUGUUCAGACAUUGUUAGCCCCAUCCUUCUGUUUGACUAAACCUGUUGAGGAUUUAACGCUAGUGGCUGAUCGUGCAGCACAAGUACAAUACAUAGCCACUAAGGGUCCACCAGUCACGGCACGACCCCGUCUACUGACCCCGGACAAGAAAGCUUUUGCGAAGCGUUGGUUUGACAUUUACUUUCAAAAGGUGUCAUACACCCUCAUAUUAUUUGGCCGAAUCCUAUUCAUCUGGUUCUUAUAA